AUGGCGCCCUCGAAACAGGUCCCCGCAAUUCGGGCCUGUCUCUUCGACAUGGACGGCCUGUUGAUCGACUCCGAGGACAAAUAUACUAUCUGCACGAAUGCAGUGCUGCGAGAAUAUGGAAAGCCGGAUCUACCAUGGAACAUCAAGGCGCAGAUGCAAGGCAGACCUGGUCCUACGGCUGGCAAGAUCUUCAUGGAUUGGGCUCAACUUCCCAUCUCCCGCGAGGAGAUGAUUGCCAAAGUCAACGUUCAUCAAAAGCAACACUUUGGGUUCUGCAAGACACUCCCUGGGGUCCCUGAGCUCCUCUCUACCCUCGCAAAACGCACGACUCCGGCCAUACAGAUCGCACUGGCAACCAGUUCACAUAAAGCGAACUUCGAACUCAAGACGAAGCAUUUGGAGCAGCACUUCAAGGUCUUUGAGGAGGAACAUAGAGUGCUGGGGGACGAUGAGAGAAUCGCACAGGGGAGGGGCAAGCCGGCUCCGGAUAUCUAUCUGCUUGCAUUGAAGACAAUCAAUGAUCGAUUGAAGAGAGAGGGAAAAGAAGAGGUCAAACCGGAGGAGUGCUUGGUGUUUGAGGAUAGUGUUCCAGGUGUGGAGAGUGGGAGGAGAGCGGGGAUGCAGGUUGUGUGGUGUCCUCAUCCAGGCUUGUUGCAGGAAUACGAGGGACGGGAGGAUGAGGUUCUUGCAGGCUUGACGGGGGAGAUGAAGGAGGCCGAAGGAGGGAAUGGUGCUGCACCGGGAGAAGUUGGAGAUGGAUGGGCGAGAUUGUUCUCUACGCUGGAGGCUUUCCCUUAUGCAGAUUAUGGGAUCCAGGUUGCGGGUGGAGAAAGAUUAUGA